AUGGAAGUCAAAAUUGGGAAGCUACAGGUCAUCUUCAACUGAUGAAUAAAAGUAGUGAUGAUUUGUGAAUACGUGAUUGAUCACUUUGGAUUUGAUGAAAAUCUCACGUUCCAGCAGCGGUAUCUAGUAGCAGAUCAGCACUGGAAGAAAGACAAUGGACCAAUACUAUUUUAUACAGGCAAUGAAGGAGACAUCACGUGGUUCUGCAACAAUACGGGUUUUAUGUGGGAUGUGGCUGAAGAACUUAAUGCCAUGUUAGUAUUUGCUGAACAUCGAUAUUAUGGAGAAUCUUUGCCCUUUGGGAAUGAGUCUUUCAGUGAUUCCAGGCAUCUGAAUUACCUGACAUCAGAACAAGCUCUGGCAGACUUCGCAGUACUGGUUGAGUACUUAAAGAUGACCAUUGCAGGAGCCCGUUACAGUCCUGUCAUAGCUAUAGGAGGAUCUUACGGAGGAAUGCUUGCAGCCUGGUUUAGGAUGAAGUACCCCCAUGUGGUAGUUGGAGCUCUGGCAGCCUCUGCCCCAAUCUGGCAGUUUGGAGAUUUGGUUCCGUGUGGCACUUAUUUCAGCAUAGUGACUAGUGAUUUCAAAAAGGGUGGGACAGGCUGCUCAGAAAGCAUCUGGAAUUCCUGGAACGCCAUUAACCACCUUUCCUCAACAGAUGCAGGUUUACAGUGGCUUUCCAGCACAUUUCAUUUGUGCAGCCCAUUAAAAACUCUUCAGGAUGCUGUUAUAUUGAAAAACUGGCUGAGUGAAACAUGGGUAAACUUGGCUAUGGUGAACUAUCCUUAUAAAGCUGACUUCUUACAGCCUCUGCCAGCUUGGCCUGUACAGGAAGUCUGCAAAUUCUUGAAGGAUCCCAGUCUCUCUGACAAAUUGUUGCUGCAGAAUGUUUUUCAGGCAGUAAAUCUAUACUACAAUUAUUCAGGAGAAGCCUCAUGCUUAGACAUGUCUGAGACUGCAACAAAGAAUCUGGGCCAGUUGGGUUGGUACUAUCAGGCUUGCACUGAGAUGGUGAUGCCCAUGUGCACAGAUGGUGUCAAUGACAUGUUCGAGCCUCAGAAAUGGGACUUUGAUGCACUCUCAGAAGAGUGUUACAGGCUGUGGGGAGUGAGGCCUCGCCCCUCUUGGAUUCUUUCUGUGUAUGGAGGGAAAAACAUCAGUUCACACAGCAACAUCGUCUUCAGCAAUGGUGGCCUGGACCCAUGGUCUGCAGGUGGGGUGACCCAGAACAUCACAGAUUCCCUUGUGGCAAUCGUGAUCCCGGAUGGAGCCCAUCACCUGGACCUACGCAGCCGCAACCCUUUGGACCCCAAAUCUGUGCAGCAAGCUCGAGCCUUGGAAAUCUGCUACAUGAAGCAGUGGAUUGAAAAGGCCAGGCACAGCCACUGAAGUGGUACUGCAGCAACUGUGGCCAUUAUACCUCCGUUGGCUUUGCUGGGAGCAGGGCCGGGCCUUAUCACAGGGCCAUCUCAACAUUUCACUCCCGCUUCCUCACCUGUGUUGCAGUGCUAACCAUUGCUUGUGCCCAUGAGAGAAGCAGGCAGCAGACAGAUGGAGAGCGUUGUCAGAUAAUAAACUUUAGUUAAAGUGCAUGGAUUGAGCUGCCUGCUCUGGCUUGCUUUCCUCUUCUGCUCUUCUCAAACGCUGUACUUUAUGGUAAAGUGAAGAGUUCCUGUUCUAGGCUUGAUGCCUUCCUCGCUGCGCUAGGUGAUUGUCCUGACUGCUGGUAUAUACAGUGGAUUAAAUGGCAGUGCUGUCAAUGAUGAAACUCCUGCUGCCUUCAGUGGGACUGAAUUUCAGACAUCCUCAGCUGGUGUAAACUGUCAUGGCAGGGGCGUGGAGAUAAUGGGGGAACAGAAAUCACAUCUUACUGUGAUGUUUGGUGGAGAGGUAGGGAAGGCAUGGAGAAACUGGCUGUGCUGUUUAUAAAAGGAACUAAACAGCCCUUACCCUUUGGAAUCAAUGCUGGAAAAGAAGUAAAUAUAUCUUAUUUUUUUCUUUAGUUUUCUGGCAGCUUAUUAAUCAAAGCUGCCUUAGGUGGCUUUUCCAUUCUGCACUGUACUGAAUGAUCAGGGCUGGGCCUGGACUUACUCUGCUGAUAACUGGCUGAGCACGCACAAUCUGCAUCAGGGUUUUAUUUCUUCCUUCGCUGUUUGUCCUAAUCCUGAAAUAUCUGCCACUGUGAUGAUGAUUGCCAAAGAAAACUCUGGGUAUAUUUUGUGUAUGUGUGUAUCCCCCACAAACACUUAGUUUUUUCAAAUCAGGAAGCUUUCGAAGCUAUUCUCUUGAAGAGCAAAUGUGACACUUGUGCUGGCUAGAUCUUACGAAGUGACAAAUAAUUGGGGCUGUGCCUUGUGUGGGUUCCCCCUCCCCCCCUCAUUCUGCGUAUUGUUCAAAUUCUGCAUGAUCUGUUUGCUGAUGGCUCUUCAAUAAAAGCCUUUUUUAAAAAAAUUGUUUGCGGGACAAACUAUUCAAAACACAGAAUGCAGCUAUCCUCUUGGAUCAGCCUAAAGCCUGAUGCCGAGCUCAACAAGCCAGGUGCAAUGGGCUUUCUGUAAGGCUUCCAAAACAGACAAACUGCCCUGAUUCAUGAGACAGCAUAUUUGACAUUAAUAAAUGGCUGGGGCAGUCCCCUCGUUUUCCAGCUUUAGCUUCAUUCACACUGAAGCCCUUCUUCAGAAAGGAUUCUUUGCAGUUUAAAGGACAACUCAAUUUCGGAAAGACUCAGGCAAGGCUUCUUGUCCCCAGACUCUUAAAAUUCCAAUUCUGUUGAAAACUUUUCUUGGCUUUGAUGAUAUGCCUGAUAGUUGAGUAUUUUCCUAAGAUGCCAGGUGGCCUUUUCUGUUUCCAGUCUCCUCCCAUCCACUGGGAACAAAGCGAACCCAACACUGAAAUUUUAUCUUUUAAAACACUCCUGUGCGUCGUCUUUCCAAUAGAGUUUCUGGCGUUCCCUUGUCUUGUGUUAACCAUGGCAUUUAUGUUCAGACUUCGCAAUCUGAACCUCUCAUGCUCUUGAGCAAGGUAAUUACUUAAGAGACUAUAGAGAACAAGGCCAGAGAAGAACCACGGGGGGGAAGGAAGAGCUACGUAGAACUUGCCUGAAACCUGUUGACUGAAAGCUGUUGGCAAUACCUUUUCCAAUAGUUCCAAUUUUUGGUACUCUCCUGUAAAUAUACUCCGGUCUCUUGCUUGUGUACUUUAUAAUGACAUGGUGGCCUUGAAUUUUUGAAACAAAUAAAAAUGAUUGUUUUCUAAUCAAGUGAGUUACAGUCAAGUUUUUAGAAAUACCAUUUUAUCUUCUUACAUGUUAAUUGAUGUAUGGUAAUAUCCUGGUUUACUGCAAGGCAAGGAAUGGAAUCUUUGAAAGAGUAAAUAUAAAUUUGGGGGUCACAAAUAGUUUGUAACUGCAAGCAAGAGUCUGGUCCAACUGCUCCCACUGAUUGCUCGGGGUGCUGCUCCAAGUGCAAAUUCUGGGAAAAACACUUCCAUGUUGUAUGGAGAAGGACGUCAGGAUAUCCAUGCAAUGGGCUGUGAAUGGUCCAAAUUAACAGCCACUGUAUAUAGUAAUAUAUAGUAAUCAGCUUGUCUCCUUCUCUCUCUCCCCUGCUAGCUAACUUACUCUCAGGAAACAGCUGCUUCUUUGUUGUUUGGAUAACAUUUUGUGGUUUAGAAACUUUCAUUCCUCUUUUUUUUUUUUUUUUCCCCCUCCCUC